AACACCCGCUACGCCGCUCGCCCGGGGCGCCGCUCUUUUCUCUUUUCUCUCUUUUUCUCUGUACGUCUGUCUCUCACUAAUGCGGCCGCGCUAAGGCCGAUGCGGGCGCCGCGAUGCCGCGCUGCCUCAUGGCUAAAAAGUGGAAGGUGGCCCCGGUGCCGGAGGUGGUCGAGGAGUCUGACGAGGAAAUCGACGUGGUGGGUGAGGGCCGCGGUCGAAGUCCUGCACCUGCGGCAACGGCCCCGGGGCCUUCGCCGCGCGAUCCAGAGCCCACGCUCCUCUACAACGGUUACACCGAGGAGAAACCUUCCACGCAUUUCACCGCCCAGUUGCCGAAUGAGGUGAGCCCGGUGCCCGCCGCCCCCGCCGGGCCCGAGCCCCCCUCACAACCAGCGUCUGAACCUCUCUCCUAUGCACUUCUACACCUCUCCAACUCAGACACAGCUGAAACGCCCUUUCUCCCAGUACAGUCUUCGCCUGUCUCCCCUACUCUGCCACCGGCGAGCGGCAAAUCUUCAUCGAUGUGUUACACGAGCACAGGUACGCUACUUUCUCUUCCACCAAAGAAGAAGGACAUCUAUCGGCCGUACUGCCUCGGAGAUCGCGCAGCCCACCCCGAUCGCCCCGAAGAAGAUCUCAAUGCAGCUCGCGCUAUUCUCGACUUAAGUCAGCACGCCGUCUACUUAACUCCACCGCAGCGAAUAGAACCAUCACAUCCAGAGCCACCACCACCACCACCGCCGCCGCCUCCGCCACCGCCACCUGAAACACCAGCACCGGAUACGUCUGCAGAGCGACCGCGCGAAACUAUAGCCUAUACCUACGAUGCAUUUUUCGUGAGUGACGGUCGUUCGAAGCGUAGAAGUUUCGCAAACGCCCCUGUCGAAUGCGCACAACAGCCCGAGCCUAAGUCGAAGUACACAUGCAGCGAGUGCGGGAAGCGAUAUGCCACGUCAUCCAACCUAUCACGUCACAAGCAGACGCACCGCAGCUUGGAUUCUGUGGCUGCUAAGCGGUGUGGUGAGUGCGGUAAAGCAUACGUGUCGAUGCCUGCGCUAGCAAUGCACGUGCUUACACAUCAGCUAUCGCACGUUUGCGGAGUAUGCGGGAAGUUGUUCUCAAGGCCGUGGCUCCUGCAGGGUCAUUUACGUUCGCACACUGGAGAAAAACCCUACGGGUGUGCUCAUUGCGGUAAAGCGUUUGCGGACCGUUCUAACUUACGGGCCCAUAUGCAAACACACUCUUCAGAUAAAAACUUUGAGUGUUCGCGUUGUCAUAAAACUUUUGCGCUAAAAAGUUACCUAAAUAAGCACCAGGAGUCGGCGUGCGUACGCGACGAAGACUCGACGCAAACUGAUCCAACUAACUCAGCGUCCGAAUAAAAUCAGCCGCUUCAGGCCGAUGCAACCAGGGACCGUAACCACCGCCAAAAGGCCUACAAGUAAACGUAAAGUAUUAAUAUGAAUUUAGCUUGUUAGCAUAAUAUAUAAUAAAUUAAAAUAGUAUUAUAGGAGCGAGCACGACCGGCCGAGGCCGCACGGCGAGCGGCCGGUCGUGUCGCGACGAAAUCGAGCAACGUUUCGCAAACAACGAAUCAUGUAUGAACCCGUAGAGCCGCGGUCGCAGGCGUUAGGCCGUAGCGGUAGAUGUCCCAUUAAGUAUAAAUUUUAAAUGUAUAUAAUUAAACGUGGACAAAAUAUACCCAUAUAUACAUAGAAUAAUGAAAUAUGAAUGAAACUAAUAUCUUUUGUAGGUGACUUUUACAAAAGCAAUGUAGGUUAGAGAGAAAUACUGUUUAAGUUAAGCGUCGGUAUGCGAGAGCCGAGCGUCGAGCUCGUGGGUGUCGGUGAGGAACUUGCCAAAACUUUCCGUCCGAAGCUCCGCAGCACGCGCGCGUCCCUCCCCCCGCAGCGCGCCGCCGCCGGCCCACCUCAGUGCCUUAGCGACGACCGUGCGCCGCACAAAUGCCGCAUCCGCCCUCGACUACAUUAUACUAUACACUAUACUAUAUUAUUAUGUAUAUAUUGCAAACGCUAUCCUUAUACUAUACAUAUAUAUAUUUAGAAAAUUCGCAUUUAGUA